ACGUAUGACGUUUUUUGUCCCUGACAGGCUGGCACGGGCUUGUGGGGUUUCGAUUGUUUUGCUGACGAUAACAUACGCAUUGAUUGUACGUUCUUGCAAAAACCGUAGAAAUACAUAGAUAAGAAUUGAGAUCAGCCAUGACGGCCAAACGUGCAGGCCUGAUCACAGACACCUUCAAAGUGGUGAAGAAAGCCAAGCGAGAGAAGAGGGAGAAAACGGCCCCAACGCCUCCUCAACUUGACGUCGAGCCGCUCCCCCUCACGGCCAAAGAGAAAGAGCUGCAGGAGCUGAGACAAUUCGACCAGGACUGGCAGUUUGGGCCGUGCACAGGUAUCAGCCGCCUGGAGCGGUGGGAGAGAGCUUCACAUCAUGGGUUAAACCCCCCGGAGGAGAUCCGAGAGAUGCUGCUCAGCAGAGAAACCGAUCCAGACUACACACACUGCCUGUGGAGUGCUUAUCCUUUAUGAGAAACGGGAAGAGGAGAGCGGGAGAAGAAUGUCAUGGUUCCCGUGGUUUUGGUCAUUUCAGACCGCUAACCAUUGCACCAUCCUUUUCUAUUAAAAUACCCUUUUCUACCAUGAA